AUGCUCGACGAAACCGAAUUCGCCGUGCCGAUUGAUCCUUCAUUGGGCGGCCCUGCGGCCAACCCGCCAUCGAACAUGGAGGCUUUGGCUGGGGAUAGCACAAGACUGAGGCAGCUUGCUGCGGCAGUCAUCCGCCUCUGGGCUGAGACAUUUAAAGGCACGCACAUUUUCGAUCUGGUGCGGGUGAUGGGGUCUAGUCUGGAUGGCUACGCAAGUCUGGUUGAAAAGCCAAACGAUCGGGCACCUAUGGGACGGAUUGCUGCUGAAGCUGGCCUCGGCUGA